UGUCUGUAUGUGUAUAUAUGUAUAUAUGUUUAUAUGUAAAAUUCAAUAAAAAAUAUUGUUUAAAAAAAAAAAAGCUCACUCCAAAAUAACCCACAUUUAUAGACUUUAAGCAACUUGGGGGGCUUUAUUCUGAAAGUAUUUUCCGGAAGUGCCAUUCCUCCUGCUUCUCUGUGUCUUGUCUUAGUGGUGUUUGUGGACAGCAGAGUGCAGCCAGCAGCCUUCAGCAGCAGCAGCAGCAGCAGCACAGUGCGUCGAGCAGAGAGAUGGAGGCAGAGCUGGCCGGCUGUGAGCGCCUAUAAACCGGAGAGAGGAGGAGGAGACCAGAUGAUGAAGAGGGAAUAAACACCAUGUUUUUAUCCUGAAUAGAAAAACAUCUUCUUUGGAUCCUCUCAGAGACGCCAGCGUCAUGAAACCAGUCCUGCAUUGAGCCUCUCCUCGGUGGGUUGACAUGGCCAAGUGAUGAACGGAGCGGUGGUGCCCGGUAGCCCGGAGCUCUCCUCCUCGUGCCCACUACCAGACUGGCGAGAGUUCUGCGAGCUCCAUGCUCGAGCCACCGCUGCAGACUUCGCUGACAAGUUCCAGCGCUUCCUGUCGGAGAACCCGUGCUACGACUCGCCCGGCGCCGAUGCCAGCUUCUCACAACACUUUGCCAACCACUUCCUGGAGUGCUUCUCUGCAGCGCUAGCCCAGGCCCGGGAGAGCCAGGCGUCCUCGCCGGGGGAGGACGGCUCUAACGCGGCGCCCAAGUACAGCAUCGUUCCUUUCCUUGGAAUCCAGGGCUGCCCGAUGUCCUACGGUCACGACCUUUACCAGAGACGCAAGGACGCCGGGGCUUCGAGCGAAUCCCUGGACAGCAUGGACAGCGGAGGGGGAGGGAUAGAUGGGGGAGGCAGCGGCACCACCGCCUCCAGAGGCCCCCAGCCAUCCCACAAAGUGUCAGCUCUGGGACAGUCUCGCAGCUCAGAGGACGUGUCGGUCAGUCACCCAAAGGCUCGCUUCAAGAAGGGCUUCUCCCUGAGGAACAUGAGCCUCUGCGUGGUGGAUGGGGUGAAGGAGAUGUGGCACAGACGGGCCUCCCCUGAACCCGACGGCCCCUCUGGAGCCAGGAGGGCUAACGGGGGAGGAGUGGGAGGAGGAGGAGUAGGUGGAGGAGGAGGAGGAGGAGGAGGGGAGGCUGCAGGGGGAGAGAGAUGGUCCCAAAAGCUGCGGCUUCCCAGAGGUUCGCAGGGUCACAAGGCCGAGAUGCUGGAGAUCCAGAGGGAGGGAGCGCUGAGGUACAUGGUGGCCGAUGACACAAACUGUAUGGGCGCAGCACAGUGGCAGAAGUGCCGCCUGCUCCUGAGGAAGACGAAGAGGGAGGAAGGAGGCGAGAAGUUCCUGCUGGAGUUCUACGUACCGCCCAAGUCCUCGAAGCCCAAAGUGAGCAUCCCUCUGACAGCCAUCGUGGAGGUGAGGACCACCAUGCCGCUGGAGAUGCCCGACAAGGACAACACUUUUGUUCUCAAGGUGGAAAACGGAGGAGAGUACAUCCUGGAAACCAUCGACUCGCUGCAGAAAAACUCCUGGGUCGCUGACAUCCAAGACUGCAUAGACCCCGGGGACAGCGGCGACGACAUCGAGCUGGCGUCGUGUCCUCAUGGUCAGGCCUCCAAAGACUGCUCCAUGGUGGCCUCUUGCAGCUGUGAGCUGCUUUCUGAAGGUGUGUAUCGUGCUCCGGAGAGGUCGUGUCCUACAGCAGCAGAGCAUUACAGCGCCCCCUCAGUCCGUUGCAGGGAACCCCCCUUCACCCAGCACCCGUCCCACAUGCCUUUAGAGCGCUUCCUCCAGUCCCCCGAGGCCCAAGGCUCCAACUCCUCUGCAGGUGGCAGUGAAGGAGCGAAAGAGUCAGAUGGCGAUGCCAGCCUGGCGGAUUACCCAUGGUUCCAUGGUACGCUGUCCCGUGUGCGUGCGGCUCAGUUGGUGCUCGCAGGCGGGGCCAGAAGCCACGGGCUCUUUGUGAUUCGUCAGAGCGAGACGCGGCUGGGCGAGUACGUCCUCACCUUCAACUUUCAGGGCAAAGCCAAGCAUUUGCGUUUGUCAGUGAAUGAGAACGGGCAGUGCCACGUGCACCACUUGUGGUUUCACACCGUGUCGGACAUGUUGAGACACUUCCACGCCCACCCCAUCCCCCUCGAAUCUGGAGGCUCGGCUGACAUCACGUUACGCUCCUAUGUACAAGUGCAGCGAAGCUCCACCACAGAUGCGACUGUGCCUCCGGUCGUCACCCCACCCAGAGAUGCAGGCUGCCGGACAGAUCCAGCCCAGCCGCCUCUCCAUCCUCCUGGGAUGGCAGCGCCUGCAGGACCCCCUCCCGAUGCCCCGCUCUCCUCGAGCACCUCCUCCUCACCCACCGCCCUUCCCUCACUCUCCCGCAGUGACCCAGGUACAGGAGCAGGAGUAGGAGGAGGGUUACAGAGCCGGAGCAACAGCUCUGAACGCCUGCUGGAGGCCUCUAGUGGUGGAUCUGAGGACUACCACGACGCCGACGGGACUCGCAGGGCCCGGGCAGUGGAGAACCAGUACUCUUUCUACUAAAGAGCCCAGGGCAUAGUUCAGUCAUGUAUCGGGGGUGACAUGGGACGCUGUGCUGAUGAUGAAAAACGGUCCAAAUCACUGGAUCGCCCAUUGUUUUGUUUGUUUGUUUGUUUUAUUUCAAGGUAAUUUCCUGUUUCUCUGAUUCGAGAAGGGAGGUGAGAUCAUGGCAAGCAGUGUGUCCACGAUAGUAAAUCCCUCAGGCUUCGUUUCAAACUCAAGAAUGUCAGUGAACAGAGAAACAGAAGGCCACAGGAAGAAACGGAGAAGAUGAGCGUAGGCGGAGAAAGCAAGAGGAAGUCAUCCAGUGGAGUCAUAUGGCUUUAAUUCAUCUCUUCCGACCGACUUCCUGUUCACCCUUACCCACAGUUCCCUGGGAGCAGAGCCUGUGUCACCACCCCGCUGAAGGAUCGAGAGUUUUGAAAUGACCCUGAAGAAACAGUCCCUCCCCUCAGAGCUCCUCCGGGCUCCCGAGAGCAACCCAUUAAUGUUUGUAAAGCUGCUUUGAGUCUGUCCCGGAUAUCCUCGCUGUCCCUGCAGGGUUUCCCUACAAAGUCCUGCUCUAGUCUAACAUCAGUGAAGCAAUCAUGGGUGUGUUAGUGUUAGCUCGGAGAUGUUUUUCUUAAACGUGUACAGCCUAAAGGGUCUUAGUGCCUGACAAUUACCUUGAACUUGAACGGACGGCAUAGCGACAAAGAGGAUGGUGUUGACAUCUUGCAUAAUCCCAAAAUGUAAAGCAGGUGAUUACUUUACCGUCAGUUUUCUGCUUAAAAAAAACACACUGAACAUGCAAAUCUUUGCAUACUGAAAUGAUUUUGUUCUCACAGUUUUAUUGAUGGCUGCAACACUGCACACACUCAUAUGUUGUGUUAGAAAACAGUUUAAAAAAUAUUGAAAUAAAAGAUGAACAAAAGUUCAAUCUGUAUGAAUAUGACAGGGCGGAUCCCAUUUUGCUGUCACGCUGGGCUAUUUCUAUGAGUGUGUGGUGGCGUGUUAGAGUCCAAAUAUUUUUCAAUGAUCGGUGUGCUACAGUAGUGUUUCUAAAACAUGGUUUUCGAGGUCCCUCCGUCUGGUGCUGGUUCUGUAUCCAAGCUUAUCAUAUCAAUAACCUGUAGAUUAGAUAUGCUGUUAAUAUAGGAGUUCACUUUGAAGUAAUGCCUUGAAGAUAUUAUUAUACCAAAUCCAGCAUUUAGGCUACCGGAGGGACUGGGGCCUUGUUUGUUUAGAGAGGUGGCAGUAUUGUGUACUGUUUGUGCGGCCUGGUGUGGAUUGAAACGAUACAGGCAGUAAGGUAUAAAGGGAGCUAGAUGGCCAUGCUUGAACGGGAAGAUGACAGAGAACUGAGCUUAAGCUUUUUAACUUAAUAAUUCAACAAAAAAAAUAAAUUUCACACCACAAAAUACUCAUGUUACUGUAAGAAUGGACAUCAUGGUCGCAGACAUUCAUUAUAAUACAACAUAGUCAAAAUAUCCUCUUAAAGGAAAAGUUUGGGAAAUACAUCUAUUCACUUCCUUGCCUCGAAUUAAAUGGAAAAUCAAUACCGCUCACAUGUCAUAUGUAAUAAAUAUGAAGCUAUACUGCUAGCAGGAGGUUAGCUUAUCUUAGCAUAAAGACUGGAAAUGGGGAAACAGUAGCCCCGCUCAGGAAUGUUUCAUGCAAAAAAUACCAGAAUUUGAUAAUACAGCCCUCCUCCUGCAGCUUUCCCCUCUCCGUCCUAUAAUCCCCUCCAACCAGACGAGCUCAGGCUUCAUACAGUAACCUGUGCGAGUACUAGUCAUUCAUUCCAAACAUCCCGAUCAUCAUUAUGAUCCUGAUGCCGUUAUAGAGCGACAAUUCUAUGAGAAUUACCGUCCUGUUUUCUUUGCAACCUUGUGGACCCGUACAGCCCUUUGAGAUGACAUACUGUGUUUCGAGCUACUUUAGCUGCAGCUGUGAGGCUUUGGCUACGGUUGGCAGAAGGCUAAACUAUUAACAUAGGCAACAUUUUCUCCUCAUCUCUGAAAUGCUUUGCCAAUAUUAACAGACUUUUACACCCUCUUUUUCGAUAAGUCUGUCUUCCUCCUUUUUUGGGUUGCUUUGCAGUGUAGGCAAUUGUUGCCAACGCUGGAAUAGCAAUUUUUCUUGCAGGAUAUUUGCCGUUGAAUCAAGCUUUCUCCAUCUGAAGGGACGUGCAGCCAAUAGGAACGCUCUCUCUCUGAAAUGACCUGUGAUUGGCCAAAGUCUCCCGUCACGGCCUAGAUUUUUUAAAGCCUGAAAACAGAGCCAUGAGGAGGUGCAGAAGUCUAGUUAUCUCUCAGAACACUUGAAUUACAAUAUGCUGAAAGGUUAUCAUGGAAGUUUUGCCCAGUGAUGCCUUCCAAAAAACUGCUUACCCUAGCUUUAAUGGAGAUGGUGCGGUGAACCAAACAUACAAAAUGCGCCUACUAGCACCUCUAUAGCUCACUAAUUAACACGUAUCUUGGUUGUUUAUUUCCGGUCAAAAACUAAAGUGCAAAAACUACAAAUCAUCUUCUUUGUCGUUUUCACACUUUGAUUUUUUGUAUGGAUUAAAUAAAUAAGACAUAAAAUGCUCAUUAGUGAGAUUUAGAGGUGCAAGUAGGCGGCUUUUGUCACUUUUGGACAGAGCUAGGCUAGCUGUUUCCUGUGUUUGUGCUAAACUAAAUUAGCCGGCUGCUAGCGGUAGCUUCACAUUUAUAGUACAGGUAUUAUCCCUGUCAGGAGUGUACUUCACACAAUGUCAAACUUUUCUUUCAAAGCAUGUUGGACACCUGAAAACAUGAACAGAAGAGCAGACACCUUUCAGCUACUUUAUCUCAAACAUAUGCAACACUUUUGUUCAGUUGGAAAAAAAACAUAUCAAGAGUCAACGUCUGUCUUUUCAAGCACGGCCAUUUGAGCUACGGAGGUGAAAUUUCAGUUUCAGUCGAGGAGUGGACGGAGCAGUUCAUGUGCCAAUUUGAAUCCUAUUUUUGAAACAUAUUUAUUCCUAAACCGUUGUAAAUUACAUUUUUCCUAUCGAGUCUUAUUUAUGUACAAUUGAUCGAUUCUUCUUGAUGAAACAUCCUCAGUGGAGCCCGUCUGUCGCAGGAGCCCAUCUCACAACAUAUCACAGAUUGCUCAUGCCUCCCUUUUAUUUUCUUAACACUUCUUAAAGCUAAAUCUUCUGUUGUCUGACUGAGUUUUGAAGAGUCUGUGCAAUUUUGUACAAAGUGAUGUACUUGACAUACUACUUUAUAUUUCUGUGAAUAAAAUGUGAACAAACUG